CCGGGAAGGGGCCGCGGCCGGCGUCGGCGGGGCCCGCAGCGUCGCCGCCCGGGCCGGCCCGCAGUCGCGGCGCCGUCGGGCAUGGAGCCGUGGCGGCAGUGCGCGCAGUGGCUCAUCCACUGCAAGGUGCUGCCUGCCAACCACCGGGUGACCUGGGACUCGGCGCAGGUGUUCGACCUGGCGCAGACCCUCCGCGAUGGAGUCCUGCUCUGCCAGCUGCUCAACAACCUCCGCGCGCGCUCCAUCAACCUCAAGGAGAUCAACCUGAGGCCGCAGAUGUCCCAGUUCCUCUGUUUGAAGAAUAUAAGGACAUUCCUUUCGGCCUGUUGUGAGACAUUUGGAAUGAGAAAAAGCGAACUCUUUGAGGCCUUUGACCUGUUUGAUGUUCGUGACUUCGGAAAGGUUAUAGAAACUUUAUCACGACUGUCUCGCACACCAAUAGCUCUGGCCACAGGAAUCAGGCCCUUCCCAACGGAAGAAAGCAUCAAUGAUGAGGACAUCUACAAAGGCCUGCCUGAUUUAAUAGAUGAAACCCAUGUGGAAGACGAGGAGGAUCUCUAUGACUGUGUGUACGGGGAAGAUGAAGGCGGAGAAGUGUAUGAGGACUUGAUGAAAGCAGAGGAGACACAUCAACCUAAAUGUCCAGAAAAUGAUAUACGAAGUUGCUGCUUAGCUGAAAUUAAGCAGACAGAAGAAAAAUACACAGAAACUUUGGAGUCAAUAGAAAAAUAUUUCAUGGCACCACUGAAAAGAUUUCUGACGGCAAAAGAAUUUGAUUCAGUAUUCAUCAACAUUCCUGAACUUGUCAAAGUUCAUCGGAGCCUUAUGCAAGAGAUCCAUGAUUCCAUUGCAAAUAAAAAUGAUCAGAACUUGUAUCAAGUUUUCAUUAACUACAAGGAAAGGUUGGUUAUUUAUGGGCAGUACUGCAGUGGAGUGGAAUUGGCCAUCUCUAGUUUAGACUACAUUUCUAAGACGAAAGAAGAUGUCAAACUGAAAUUAGAGGAAUGUUCCAAAAGAGCAAAUAACGGGAAGUUCACGCUUCGAGACUUGCUGGUGGUUCCUAUGCAGCGCGUUUUAAAGUACCACCUUCUUCUCCAGGAACUGGUCAAACACACCACUGAUCCUUUGGAGAAGGCAAACCUGAAACUGGCUCUUGAUGCAAUGAAGGACUUGGCACAAUAUGUGAACGAAGUGAAAAGAGAUAAUGAGACCCUCCGUGAAAUUAAACAGUUUCAGCUAUCUAUAGAAAAUUUGAACCAACCUGUUUUGCUGUUUGGAAGACCCCAGGGAGAUGGUGAAAUUCGAAUCACUACCCUUGACAAGCAUACCAAACAGGAAAGGCAUAUCUUCUUAUUUGAUUUGGCAGUAAUUGUCUGUAAAAGAAAAGGUGAUAACUAUGAAAUGAAGGAGAUAAUAGAUCUUCAGCAGUAUAAAAUAGCCAACAAUCCUACAACUGAUAAAGAAAAUAAGAAGUGGUCUUAUGGCUUCUACCUCAUCCAUACCCAAGGACAAAAUGGGUUAGAAUUUUAUUGCAAAACAAAGGAUUUAAAGAAAAAAUGGCUGGAGCAAUUUGAAAUGGCUUUAUCUAACAUAAGACCAGACUACGCGGACUCCAAUUUUCAUGAGUUCAAGAUGCACACCUUCAACAGAGUUACGUCCUGUAAAGUCUGCCAGAUGCUCCUCAGAGGAACAUUUUACCAAGGCUAUUUAUGUUUUAAGUGUGGUGCAAGAGCACACAAAGAGUGCUUGGGAAGAGUAGACAGCUGUGGCAGAGUUAACUCCGCUGAACAAGGGACCAUCAAGCCACUGGAGAAACGGACCAAUGGGCUCGGAAGAACCUCCAGACAGGUGGAUCCAGGGUUACCAAAGAUGCAGGCCAUUAGAAACUACACCGGAACACCGCCCCCAGCUCUUCAUGAAGGACCUCCCUUACACAUCCAGGCGGGAGACACAGUUGAACUUCUCCGAGGAGAUGCGCACAGUCUGUUUUGGCAGGGUAGAAAUUUAGCAUCUGGAGAGGUUGGAUUUUUUCCAAGUGAUGCUGUCAAGCCUUGCCCAUGUGUGCCCAAACCAGUAGAUUAUUCUUGCCAACCCUGGUAUGCUGGAGCAAUGGAAAGAUUGCAAGCAGAAACUGAACUUAUUAAUAGGGUAAAUAGUACUUACCUGGUGAGGCACAGGACCAAAGAGUCAGGAGAAUAUGCAAUUAGCAUUAAGUACAAUAAUGAAGCAAAGCACAUCAAGAUUUUAACAAGAGAUGGUUUCUUUCACAUUGCAGAAAAUAGAAAAUUUAAAAGUUUAAUGGAACUUGUGGAGUACUACAAACAUCAUUCUCUCAAAGAAGGAUUCAGAACCUUAGACACGACUCUGCAGUUUCCGUACAAGGAGCCCGAGCAUUCGGCAGCACAGAGGGGUAAUAGAGCCGGCAACAGCUCCCCUUCUUUGUUCUGUGGGUUUUCUCUUGUCACUCCUCCAGACUACAGCUUUGUUCCCCCUUCCUCCACUCCUUUCUGGUCAGUGCUGAGUCCCAAAGUGCUGGGGAUUGCCAUUGCGCGCUACGACUUCUGUGCUCGGGAUAUGCGGGAACUGUCCCUGUUGAAAGGAGACGUGGUGAAGAUCUACACGAAGAUGAGCGCCAAUGGCUGGUGGCGAGGAGAGGUCAAUGGCCGGGUGGGCUGGUUUCCAUCCACCUAUGUGGAAGAGGAUGAAUAAAUUCCAACCCAGCAUUGCUCCCUACACUGAAAACUCAGAGAAGGAAGGAACCCAAGUCUGCACAGCAUCGUGAACUAAAGUAUUUCAAAAAGCUGCACGUGUGACCAGUCAAACAUCCUCUUCCUCUUCCCCUCUUAGUCUUAACACUGGGGCUUCAAAAGAUGCUGGUACUGACAGAUUAAUGGUUUGCCCCAAGCUGUGCAAGAAACAGCCUGCCAGUCUGUCAUUGUCAGGGACCAGGGAAAAGCCAAGAUCUUUCUUCUCCCAAGAGCCCUGCAAAUACAUUGGUUCUUGUUUCUUUUUAACUUCAUCUGAUCAGACACCAUGGAACACCAGUCAUUAGUAAAUACUUAACACAUAUUUACUUUCUUCUCAUGGCCAUUCACCAGGAUUGUUAAUGUUUCAAAGAAACAGAAGUUUAAUUUUGUUUUUCCCAGCAUGAAGAAAAAAUAAGCAUCCUGCCAUUCGGGCAGCUUACUGGACAGGUCCAGCAGCACUGGUCUUAAAUUGCCUCCCAAGGUGACUCAUUGCCUGGCAAACAGUUUUACCCCCAGAUGUUCCUCAUGAUAAAAGUUAAGAGGCAAAUGCUCAGGUUUGCUUCAGAAGCGUUAUGUCCCAGAGGGGUUUUAAUUAUUCAACUGAUGUCCUAAUUACAUUCACAUGCUUUUUUAUACAGAGUAAAAAAGAAAAAAAAAUACAUAAAAGAGCGUACUCCUGUUAAAUCUUCACCACCUUCCUGAAUCCAUAGACUUAUUUUGAAACAUCGUUCUUCACUUUCUGCCUCUCAACCUGGUGUAUUUUAGGUAUUUGCAACUAAUCGAAGGUAGUAUUGUUUACAGAAACAGAUCAAGGGCUAGAAUUUGCUUGAGUUGUUUUAAGGAAACAACGUUGAUGAAUACCUGCCUUUUCCUCCCCCAGCAAAAGACUUGGGACGUAUUCGCUGUUUCUCACAUUGUUUCAGGGGUACUCAGAGUCCUGUUCUUGCCAGGACUUGGAAAGAAAGCACAACGGGCACAAAAGGAGUCAGCAGGCAUUCCUGAUCACCUUUACUUGGGGGUCCUGAGCUUCUCACUGAGCCUCUUCCCACGUGAGGGGGAAUUGCUGGGUGGGUGGAAACUGAUGAAGGGGUGUCACUGCAGUGCGUUAGCUUGACCAAGUCUUCACUUUUCAUGUGAUUUGUCUAAACAUGCUCUUCCUGGGAACCAUGGAACCCCUAGUCAAGACAGUCAAGUUAAGACAUUAACUUGGCCCUUUCCUCCUAAAGUAUUUUCUUCCUAGCAGCUGUCAUGUUCUGACAAGAAUUGGAGAGUGUUUCAUGUUUGAAGAAAAAAGGAAGCAUUAAAAGCAUUAAUUAGGUGCAGCAAAGCUGGAAACACUUAACUCUGACGUUCUGGAUGGCCUCUGAUCUGAGGGUGGCCUGCCCUUUCUCCAGUCUCCUUGGCAGAACUUGGAGUUCUGAGGAUAUACAUACUCCUUUCAAGACCCUCCCGGGCUAGAAACUUCUCCAAUCAGAUAGACUCAGCAUCUUUACCUCAUUAUUAUGUAAACUGUGAUUGUGUUUUAGAAAAAUUAUCAUUUGCUAAAACUAGUUAAGUUUUGUAUAUGUGUAAAUGAUCAUGAAAAUGAUUUUAUAAAAUGUGCUGUACAGGACUGUUAAUACCCAUAAGGUGUACUCCUGCAGUAGAUACUUUCCUAUAAAGUCUUACCUGCCACACUGUGUCUCGAGACUGUUCUGUCAGUUACUGUCAGGCAAACUGUUGUCAUGGAGAGAGUAGCUUCGCAUAAUUCAAAACACUCCCGUGUACAGUAUUGCAGCUUGUCCGUUUCUUUUAUUAUUAUUUUAGCCAAUAGACUCCCUCCCAUACACAUGGUGUUUGAUCUCCCUGUUGCAUUUCAUGGACCUGGGGUUUCCCCAGGAGAGGCUAUUCAAGCCUUUCAUGACAUUACCGGUUACAAUUUUGUCUAUGUUUAAAACUUUGUAUUGGAAAUUUUCAAUGCUGCGAAUUUGUGUAGAUUUCUAAUACCAAAGACAGAAGUAAAUGUUUUUCCAUAUACUUUGUCUUGCCUGUAUGAAGCCCCUGUGUAAUACGGUUGACUUAGAAUGAUAUUUGCUUUGUAAUAUUUUGUAAAUAUGUCAAUAAAAUAGUUACUACUUGCGAUAAA